AUGACUUCGGAAUCUCAAGAAUCAGCUAUUGCUGAAGGUCGCCGACUGUACGGCGCGAAGCAAUACAAGCCUGCUCUUAUGCAUUUCACAAAGGCCAUGCAGCUCUGUGCCUGCGGUCGAAAAGAGAGGCGGCCACGCUGCAGCUGCAAGAACUUCGAGAAAGUGGCUGCAGAGGGAGGCUCCAUCUUCAAUGAAGCUAUGUACACCUGCGAGUGCAUGGUGCGCAAGACCUUCAGUAAAUGCGACAACAAGCUACAUAUACAAGCUCUUGACUAUCGUGCAGCAACCUUUGAAGAGAUCAAGGAGCUUGAGCGAGCCCAAAAGGACGCCGAAUGGAUCCUGGAACUCGCUCCAAGACUGCCAGAUGGGUAUCUCCGGCUGGGCAAGAUAUCACGUCUCCAGAAAAAGAACGAAUUCGCAUGGAAAGUGUACAGUGCUGGUAUUGAGGUGGGAAACAAGCACAACCUCGCCGAAUCACCGAAGUUCCAGAAACUCAGGGCUGCAAGACAACCAUUGCACACCCGAUACUACCGCCGCGACCCCCUGAGAAACCCACAAGAGAUUGUUCAGCGUAUGUUUAACUACCUCGACUUUGCUUCUCUUGUGAGAUGUACUGGCGUCUCCAAAGAUUGGAGGCAGUACCUUGCCAGUCGCGGCAAUGAGCGGCUCUGGCGCACCUUGAUAUUUGUAGAGAAUAUCGGCCCUGCCCGUCCUCCUGGCACGAAAUCUCUCAGGAAGCUAAUAUCCUAUUCGGGGAAUGACGUCCGUCAAAUCAUUAUCGAAAAUGUGUUGCGAUUUCGACUCAGUCAGCAAAAGCUUCUUGCUUUAAUACAAGGAUCAAAGAACCUCGAGCGUCUCGAAUUGAGAGGCAGUACCGAAGAAGACCUAUCAAUCCCAGAAGCAAAGGGUAUAUUCAGCAAGUUGAGUCACGUAUUUCUUCAAGACAUCAUUAUCAGCAAACCUCAAAUUCUGAAACCGCUCCUUCAGCAUGCUUCCGAGAGCCUGCAGAGCUUGCACAUUGACGGUCUACCACAAUCUAGCUCGCCAAGCGAAAAUUGGUUUCCUCAUCUCCCCAAGCUACAAUACCUACGGCUCGAAGAACAUAGCAAACCGAGCCCCUUCAGAUUAAACACAUGGUAUCUGGCUAUGAAGACACCGCGAGUGCAGCAGCUGUACCUGAAAGAUGUGCAGCUUUCGGGGGUUCUUCCCCCAGAUGCCACACUCGACGACCACUGGCCAGAACUCAAAGCGCUUACAGUGCAUGGACCUAAUGACUCCGAUCUGAACACUGCGCAAACCGUUCAGCAGCUUACUUCGUUGCGUGGUGGACGUAUGCUGCAAUACAUCGACUUUGACUUCCGGUGGAAACCCAAUGAUGAGGGACCACUUGGCCUGAUAGUGCUGUCAGAGAUGUUAAACCAGGAGCCCGAGCUGCUGGCCACAGAUCGGUUUGAUAAGCACUGCCAGUAUACAGAUCUACGCUCGUUGCGACUCCGGAGAGCAAUGAUACCCCCGCUGAAGCUCCAGAAGGUGCUCAGUGACGCCCUUGCGUCUAACAAGCUUCACACCCUCGAUCUUGCCUUUCCUCUCGAUCCCCAGGGAGCCCCUGAAGGAGCCGCCAGUACUCGACAUAUCCACGAUCAUGCCUGGCUUCGUGGAGAGCCUGGCAUCAGGUGUAUCGGCCUCUCAGAGUUCAGGUUCCGUGCAUACCCAAAGACCGAUGACGAAAUGUAUCUACCGAGUUUCCUCGCUAGCUUUCCGAAUCUUGAGGUACUCGAAAUCAACUCGUCGCAUUAUGACCACCGCGAGCUCUGUAUUGUUGUCGAGGCUAUACUCAAGGUCACCCAUCUGAAGAAGAUUUACCAGAAGACAGUUCAUGGCGAGUGGGGUGACCAGCUUCGCAAGGUAGUUGGCAAGCAUGGGGUUGAGCUCGUAUGGGGAGACAGGCCGCGGCAAUGGCCACUUGAGGUUGAGGAAUAA